AUGUCUGAUUAUGCCCGUCCUAACUUGGACGGAACUCACUCAAGCAUCCGAAGGCCCAAUAUCGAAGCCAACAACUUCGAAAUCAAAACUGGGAUGCUACAAAUGAUCCAAAAUCGGGUGCAAUUCAAUGGGAUGCCCGACGAAGAUCCCAACACUCAUAUCAAGAAGUUUCUGGAGCUCUGUGACACCAUCAAAAUCAAUGGUGCAUCCAUCGAUGCUAUUCGUCUUCGACUGUUCCCGUUCUCUCUAGACAACAGAGCACGGGAGUGGCUUGACGGUCAACCACGGAAUUCCAUCACGACGUGUGACGGGUUGGCUGAAAAAUUCUUAGCCAAAUAUUUCCCACCAAGCAAGACGGCGAAGCUGAGGAACGACAUCGCCGCCUACCGCCAAGAAGACUCUGAAACUCUCUACGAAACUUGGGAGAGAUUCAAGAACACUCUCAGGAGAUGCCCUCAUCACGGCAUUCCCCAUUGGCUGCAAAUGCAAACCUUCUACAAUGGGCUAAAUCCAGAGACGAAACAAUCAAUUGAUGCAGCAGGGGGUGGCACCAUCAACAACAAAACACCUCCCCAAGUAGAGCAGCUAAUCGAAGACAUGGCAAUGAAUAGCUAUGAAUGGUAUUCCCCCCGAAACAAGUGCCGACCACAGCCAACCAGAAGUGCUGGACUACACCAAGUCGACCCAGUCACAGCCUUCGCCACACCAGUUGAAAACCUCAACAAAAAGUUCGACCAGCUCACUAUAUCCGGCAAGGUGUUCAAGUGCGAAUGGUGUCCUGAUGACCACAACACUACCGAGUGCAAGUUGAUCUGCUCAACAUCUACCACCGAGCAUGUUGAUUAUAUCAACAAUCCUCAGAGGAGCGUAAAUCCAUAUAGAGGCACAUACAAUCCAGGAUGGCGAAACCAUCCAAACUUCUCUUGGUCCAACCAAGGGAAUCAACGAGCUCCACCCGGAUUUAAUCAAGCAUCAUCAAGCAAUUCCAAUCAGCACCAUCAACAACUGCCACCACAAGAAAAGAAAUCUAGUCUUGAAGAUAUGAUUGGCAAGUUCAUCUCCAUCUCCGACUCCAAAUUCCAAGCUUUAGACAAAUACAUUUCCGUCUCCGAGGAUCGAUUCCAAAACCUCGAAGCGGGCCAACGACAUCUUCAAGCUUCUGUGCAUAAUUUGGAAACACAAGUUGGGAAAAUAGCCAAGCUGCUUUCUGAGAGGAAUCAAGGCAGCCUGCCGAGCGACACCGAAAUCAAUCCGAAGCAGAAGCAACAUUUGAAGGCCAUCUCACUCCGGAGCGGCAAAAAGUUGCAACCAAGCAACUCCCUUCAAACCGACAAAGAUACAAAUCCAGAAAAAGAUGCGGACACCACUCAGCCCCAAAAGCUCGUGGUGCCAGAAUACAAGCCGAAAAUUCCAUUCCCAUGA